AUUUGAACCAUUUGGUGGUUACUUUUUGCUUUUGCUAAGCCCAUGUUUGAGUUUGUCGUCUGAAGGUGACAAUUUAAAACUUCAAGGUUGACGUCAGUUCCCUAGGUUUUUAGGAGCAUACUCUGAAAAGUGCAAUGUUGCGGAUGGUUACAAUGAAAUAUUUAAGCUUAUUCAUUCUGGCAUUUCAAAAUCUACUUUAUAUUCUGUGUAUGCGUCAUGCAAGAUCACGACCAACCGAAAUGUUCAACUCUUCAUCUUUGGUAAUAAUGAGCGAAUGUUUGAAAUUCUUGACAUGUGUAUCAGUUCUAAGCAUUACUGGGAAUUUAAAAAACUGUUUAAAACUCAUACAACACAAUCCACUAGAUGUUUUAAUGACUUUUAUACCCGCUAUAAUAUAUGUCAUUCAAAAUCGUCUUCUUAUAACAGCUUUGAGUAAUUUAGAUGCAGUCACAUUUCAGUUUAGGUGGCUUAUCAGUUGAAAUUGUUUACUACAGCAUUAUUCAGUAUGCUUAUUCUUCGGAAACCGGUUAGUAAAAUGCAAUGGUUUGCUUUGGUUUUAUUGUUUAUUGGAGUUGCAACAGUUGAAAGUCCCGUUAAUUCUAAUAAAACUAAUCACCCACCUAUAGCAUAUAAUCCUCCAUUAGGAUUAUUUUGUGCUGUAUGGGCAUCCAUAUUGUCUGGUUUGGCAUGUGUAUUUUUUGAAAUGCUUCUGAAAAAUACCAACAAAUCUAUAUGGCAUCGUAAUAUUGAGUUAGCUUUUGCAUCAAUUAUCAUUGGUAUACCUGUACAACUAUUGACCGAUUGGACUGAUAUUACACAAAAUGGCUAUUUUCAUGGCUUUGAUUGGUUUGUUUGGAUAGUUGUAUUUCUACAUGCAUUCGGUGGUUUAUUAGUAGCUUUAGUAGUUAAAUAUGCUAACAAUAUUCUUAAAGCAUUCGCCUGUUGCGUGUCAAUUAUUUUAUCAUGUGCAUUCUCUGUUGUAUUCCUUGGGAUGCAUUUGAGUAAUAGUUUCAUUUUUGGCACAUUAACUGUUAUCAUAUCAUCUAUUGUGUAUUCUAGUUAUCCUCCGAAAAUAAAUGCUCGAUAGAAAUUCGUAUUAUUGCUUUUCAUUAAUUUAACAAUGUUACAAUAAUUUUAGUCUUUUUGUCCAACUCUACAUUUAACCUCCCAAUAUUUUGUUUACAUUUUUCAAACUACUUUUAAGUAGUAUUAAUGAGUAUGAAAUUUCAGAGAGAACUCAUCUCCAUGUUUGUUCAUUCUUUAAAAUAUUUUGUAAUAAUUACUCUUCAGGAAAUUCUAAGUUGAGCUUUCAUUAACAACUAUGUUUAAUUAUCUUUAUAGUAGAUUUUUUUGUAUUUUUCGUACAUAUAGUUUCAUCCAAUUAAUUAUGCAAUAACGAUUCG